GGCAACACUGAAAUACUGAGACAGAGGGUUGCUGUUUCGCUUGCUCUAACAGAGCCUAGUCUAUUCCUUACGUCUUCUCUGAACGAAAUGGGCCACUAUUCUCAUCAUUGCUCUGAUGACUUGGAUACAUUUUGGGAUGAGUUGAGUAAUACAUGUGUGCCAUGUCAUCAACAUAAUCGGAUCCGACCAGGGUACGAAUUUAGUCCAAACUGUGGCAGGCAUGACAAUGGGGGAACAGCGGAAAGACCGUUUCGACCGUGUGCCGCACAGACCUUCAAUAACGGGAGCUUCGUGAAAUGCCAACCCUGUUUUCGUUGCGCUCCAAAUCUUCAAAAGCUGUUCGAAUGCAACACAACGACAGACACACAAUGCUGUGUAGCAAGACAGUGUUGGAAUGGAGCCCUGAGUACCACGACUCAACGGGUGCAACGGUCAACAACGUUAAGGGUCCAAGCGUCAACAUCAAAUCCCACCACAGCCAAACACAUUGAUCCGACAUUACAUGUCAACCAUCAGACUGCGUGGAUAGUGCUUACUGUCAUCUUGGUUUUCUCUGUACUUGCAUUUCUCUUAUUCAUCUAUAAGACGAGAAGGAGAAGAUCAAGAGCUUUUUGCUUCAGAGAUAAGGAGAAUACCCACCAACGGUCACAGAGCAGUAAGACAACAGCAGCUGUCAAUGAAGAGAUUUCUCUGCUACAGUCAGACACCAGGAGCCUAGAGGACAUUUUGAGUCCUGACCUCCAGUCGGCGCCACUGCAGACGGUUCUGGACAACCUGGAUGUUCUAGAGGAGCUUGUGAUCCUGCUGGACCCGGAGAGCCCUGGGGUGAAGAACACCAGCCACCUAGCAUCUCGCUGCUCAUUCCCCGCCACCUGGAUUACCUACACCUACUCCCUGAGGGAGAGCAAGAGCCCCCUGAGGGCCGUGCUGGAGGGGGUCACCACCAAGCACCCAGAGUGGACUGUAGGACACCUGGCCAGGCUGCUGAGAGAGAUGGACCGCAACGACGCAGUGGCGGUGCUCACCAAGCUCAGCUUGCUUAAGGUGUUCUAGUCUGGGUGUGUUCUGUGUUGGGUCCGGAAGAGAUGGCUCCAUCCAGAUACAUGCGAGUCUCUACCCCCUGCCAAGGUACUGAGAUAUAACAGGAGGGCCAGUAGGCGGCAUGCUUUUCUUGGGGACCCCAAAGCCCCAAGGCAGUGAUUGGGAGCACUGUUAUUUUGCAUUAGGUUUCAAGUAAGAUAUUUAACUGCGAUAACAUGGCACAUAACUUAAUGCAGGGAUGUUAACCCCGGUGUACUGAAAAAGAAGAGCCUCACACUCUAGGAGCUCAGAUGCAAUAAUAUACUAACCUAAUAACCAACGUUUUGACAGACAACCGGUCUUCAUCAGGGUAUAAUGACAAACACUGUGGGGUGACUAGUUUAUAUUGUGUCGAAGGACACACACAAGUGUCUCUAAUCAUGACCGGGUGUGACUUGAUAUCAUUUGUUUAUUUUCAGAUAUAAAUAGAACAUACAAAAAACAUGAAUGGAUAGCAUACAAUCAUAGAUAACAUUUUGCUACAUAGGCCUCCAAACAUUUAUAAUGAAUAGCAAGAUCAAGGUAAUGGCUUCAGAUCAGUCUACGUUGAGACCGAGGGGAGCAAGGGUCUUUAAAGAUCCAGGCAGCCUCUCGUUUUAACAAAUUGUCGAGGUCACCCCCUCUCCUAGGCAGGGUGACGUGUUUGAUGCCGAUAUAACGUAGGUAUGAAAUCGAGUGUUCAUUUUUACCACAAGGACAAGUUCUAAGAUAAAUAACUGCCUUAGGGAAGCAUGUGAUAACACCUUUAUUUGAGGGUGUUUAAAGGAUCUACAUUUGUAAGUGACAUUGUAUUGAGCGUAGCUGUUACACUUGUAGUUUCCAUCCGGUAGAGGUGCAAAUAGACAUUGUGCAGGAGUAUUUUGGGGUGGUAAAUCAGUUUACCAAUUGAUCAGAGAUUUCUGCCCCGUGAAAAUAUGACCAAGGGAGGGUCCGAAAACACAUUACCGAUAGUGUCAGCGGAUCGUAGAAUGUGGCAAUGUUUGAACGAUUCCCUUAAUUUGUUCAGAGCACUUUAAAAGAGGGGUAGUGAGGAUGCAAGAAUGCUGCUUUUUGCAAGACUGUCCUUGAAAGAGAUUAAGGGACAUUUUAAUGUUUGUGCCAUUCUUAUCUAAUUUCUGUGUUCAUGCAAGUGGCUGACUGUACAAAUCACACCUAUGAGUAGCUGAAAUUUGGCAGUAGGCCCAGACUGUGUUUUGAGAACAAACGAAAGAUCUCAGAUUCAAGGUAUCAGCUUAGAGAAAGAAGUCUCGUGAGGUGUUGGUCUGUCACGUUAUGAAACAGUAUUGGUCGGUCACAUGGAUGAAACAAAGUGGUAAUGAUUAAUGAAUUAUGCCAAAUCAUGCAAAUAUAACUUGUCUGUGUAUAGCCGUAUAUAAGACAACGGUUGGGACUGCCCCGGCAGAGUUUUCUGACAGACAUGUGUACUAUAGUGCAUUGAGUUGGUUGGAACCUCUCCAGCACGCUGACAAAUAAACAAUUAUUAAUUUAA